CCCGCGCCUCUUCCCCCUCCUCUCUCUCUCUCUCGCCUGCGCGCGAGUGCCCUCCCCGCGCGCCUCGGGCUGCCAUCCAUCCAGCGACCCGAGCGGCGACGCGCUGCCCUCAGCGUUUCCGUCGCCACCAGAUCGACCCUCCGGCGCCUUACCGCCCCCCCCCCCCCCACCCCCUUCUCCCACCAUUCUCGUUCACGUCGCCACCUGAGGCUAAGAGGCUUGUCUUUGUUCUUCUCCAAUCGGAGGCAGCAGGCAGCAGCUCACCCUCACCACUCCAUCUCAAUCUCUCCCCUAAAGCAAACCAACUAGUAGCACUUCCAGUUAAUCCAGCUCCUACGUUGUUUCCAUCGGCAACAGCAACAGGCAGGGGCUCAUCUCCCACACGCUACUUCUCUCCCUACGAAUUUCCUUCAAUACAAGCAGCUCCAGCCGCCUCCAAUCCACCAGCACCAACACGUGCCCCUCCAAAUCCAAACCCUCCACCAGUCAGAGCAGCGCUAUUGGUCUGUGGUGAAGGAAUUUGUUAAUUGCUGUUUCUUCUUGGUUCUCGGGUGGAUUUUACAGAGAUUAGUGUAUUACGAUGGGCAAUAUGUGUAAAGGUUAGCUGAUUGCUUGGUGCAGUGAGGCAAGCUAUUGGGUGGCGCUCACAGGCCCUACGAUCUCCUAUUCGUUAGCAGAUCCUCGUUGUUAAUCAUAUCAUACAUACAGCACUGCGCAUGGGAGUGAGAGUGAAUUAAAUGUUCAGUUACUUACGGGCUUAUGUUUAUGUGUGAGGAAGGUCAUAUUAGUAUGUUAGGAUAAAGCUGCAUUUGAUCCUCAGAAAUGAUGAACGAGUCUUUUCUUGAUAGGAUGGUUUCCCAGCUUCGAUCAGCAUGCAAGUACUACACUGGAUAUCCCAAGGACCUAGGGCCAUCAAGAAUUAUACCAUUCACAUCUGAGCGUCAGUUUGUACAGCUAUUGCAUGAAGGAAGGCCUGUAGUUGUUGCCUUUACUAUUAAGUGCACUUAUACACAGCAUCUUGAUAAAGUACUGGAAGAGGCUGCCGCCACAUUUUAUCCACAUAUCAAGUUCGUCAGAGUUGAAUGCCCAAAGUAUCCAGGGUUUUGCCUCACGAGGCAAAGAAAUGAAUAUCCAUUUGUUGAAGUAUUUUACAAUCCAGAACAGGCUGCAAGCCAAGGAAAGAGCGUGGAUCCUAACAUCACCAAGUAUUCUGUAAAAGUGCUACCCUUCAACUAUGAUCAGAGCUUGUAUGGAUUUCGGGAAUAUUUCAAGAAGCAUGGUUUCAAGUAUUCUGAAACAAGCUAAUUCUGUCAAUAGAAAUAUGCAAUGUGAGAACUUCUAGGGAGUUCAUUGUCAUAGUUGAACUGUGGGGCUGAUGUCUUUCCUAGUUGAAGGAAUGCCUGCCAUGUGCUCAUGUUAGGGUAUCAUGCCUAUAGAUUAGUACUGCAAUAGCAAAUGCGUGCUGAGCUAUCAACCUUCAAUCUGGUAAACAUUUCCCCAACCACAACCUGGAGUAUUGCACGUCUUUUUAUUGAAUGCGAGCGGUUUGCUAUGAUGUCAGGAUUGGGUCGUUGUAUCAGUUGAAGCUAGCAGUUUUUAGAGUUCAGAGCCCCUGGACAAUAUGAUUUCGUUAUAUUUGUAAAAUUAAGGUCGCGGUGACCAGUUGCUGCAUGUGGAUCAGAUUGAGAUUUGUUCAUAGAAAUACUCUAUUUAAUCAUAUCCUGAGCACGUUAUUUCAGAAA